AGUGUUUUAACCAAGGGAUAGGUUCACCUGGAUAUCCAACAUAGGUUGUUCAGAACUAUAGCUACGCUCGAUACAAGAAUCCUUCCUCUAUUCGUCACUACAAAAAAUUCCCUCUACGACCUAAGAACAUCAUAAAGCUAGAAUCUGAGUACCAAGAACUUGCCUUAUUGGUGCUUAAACUAAUUUCCUGAUCUUUCUAAUCUGAGCUUGCCUGAUUCGUGAUUUUAAGUACUAGAAUUAGUAAGCCGCUUUAUUCCUGAAAUAAGGGAGACUUUUCAUUAUGGCCAAUUCUACCAAGAAAAACGACCUCUUUCCUUCAAGAUAUGGCAGAGGUAGAGGCAUCAAGAACACAGAUUAUGGCAUUGUACAGAUUUCCAAGAAUGGCGAUAUUCUUAAAGACUGGAAACAUGGCUCCCUUAUGCGUACUUCUUCAGAACACAGGGUUAAUUAUUUGGACAACCAAACCUCUCUUUUCCCAGAGAUUAGGAAAGAUCAAUCUGAUGGUCUUUCAGCAGGAAGAACUCAUGAUUAUAGAAUGAAUACUACUGCUUUGAAUACCUUGAAGAUAAGCUCUUCAAGUCUAAUUUCUCCUGUGAAUUCAACUAAAGGAAUGGGGCUUCAGAAGGGUUACUACAAUGAUUAUCUCAGUACCGUGAAAUCAUAUGAAAAAAAAAAGGUAACAUUAAAAAUUCCAGUCCCGAGGACAAAAGUAGGCCCAAACCAUAGUAUCCUAGACUCAGAAAAACCAAAUUACAGUGUACUAAGAAGCCCUGUACAGUUUAGAAACAUUAUUGCUGUACCAAUAGAAGACCAUAAGUACAAUCCUUACCUUAGCAGCCAUUAUAGAUCACCCUCUUACUAAUGUAAAUGGGUAUUUACUUCAAUAAGUCA